AUGGACGACGAGGAAGCCACGGAUGAUCUGCCUCGCCGACCAUUCCGCGCGCAAGAUCCUACGAGUGUGCUCUGCGGCAGUUUCCCUGAAGGCAUCGAAAUGGACGACGUCAUCGCCCCGGAAACGUGGCAGAAAAGCAAGGCAGCAGAGGCCAAAUACAUCGCCGAAUUCAUGCGGGACAACUCGGACCGACUGCGCGCUGCGGAGCGGCCGCCAGAUUGUACUGUGGCCAGCGACGCAACUUGCAUGCGCCCCGCCGCGUCGCUGGCAGCGGCAGACCGGCAAUCAGAGUUUUUCAAGAUGGUGGACGCUUGGAAAGCAGACUCUCACUUUCAUCGACACAAGUCCCCGCAGCCAGCACCCGAUGCACUUGAGAGACGACUUCGCGCUGCAAUGGCUACCGGCGACGCGUCGACGUUCCCCCCUGUACCUCCGCGCACGAGGACGGCAGUGGUCGACGCGUGCCUACACCUUCUGCAUAAUGGAGUCUUGGAUGUAGUGGACAUGGAGCGCGUGAACGUCAAACAGGCCCGCGCUUUGCUCUGGAACGCGGCAUGGCUACAAGAUGUCAUGAACCGCAGGUGGGGCUUCGAUGAGCCCACGGGCCCAACGGCAACUGGACGCCCUUCACUCGCCGAUGGUUUUCAGUUGGCUCUUAUGGGUCCAGGCGGUACUGGGAAGACGGCGGUGCUGAGAGUCGUGGAAGCGGUGAUCUGCUACUUCAACGGACCCGACGCGGUUCAGAAGUGCGCGCCGUCGAACUCCGCCGCGAGGCUUCUCAAGGGUGACACGCUGCACGCUCUCUGCAAGCUGCCGUUCGGCAACGUCACCGUGACGGGCAAGAAGGGCCGCUUGACCCGAUCUGUCUUAGAACAGCAUCGAGAUCGAUGGGAGUGUGCUCUCGCGUGCUUCAUCGACGAGGUGUCCAUGGUUGCUGCGGCGCAACUCUUCCAGUCGGAGGUCCGAUUGACAGCCGCGAAGAAUUCCGCUCAGGCAUGGGGCGGCUUGGGAAUGACGUUGUCCGGAGACUUCAUGCAGCUCCCGCCAGUAGACCCGACGGGGGACAGCAGGAGCCUCGCCACAGACCCAGACGAAGUCGACGUCCUCAAUGAAAAAGGCCCAGACGCCACAACGAAGGACGCAGACAAGAAGAGGUCCAAGCACGUGGAAACAGUGCAGGGGCUUCAACUCUGGCGGAGAGUGCGACGGGUUGUGACGCUAGACAUUAACGUCCGGGCCCCUGGCCCUCUCAGUCAGCUGCUUGGAGAGAUGCGUGCUGGCCACAUUUCUGACGAGAUGUGGGCCUUAUACACCAAUCGCAUUCUGUCUUCCAACGACACUCGACCGCUGGACCCGGCGUCUCCAUUUGCAAUGCUCCCGUGGACGUACAUCGUGCACAGACACAAGAUUCGAGCUUAUCGGUCCAUGCAAAAUGCGCGACAGCAGGCUUUGCGCACGGGGCAGCGCGUGUACGUCGUCCAAGCCAGGGACGAGCCAGUUCACCCAGGGGACUCUCGGAAAAUGACAAGCGACGUCCGCCGGGCACUCCUUCAGAAAGUAAGCCCGAAAGACACGCAGGACCUGCCCAGCUUGCUGCCCCUCUACGUCGGCAUGCGCCUGACCAUGUAUUCGAAGGAUUGCGUGCGAUUGGGACUGAUGAAGGGCUGCGUGUGCACGCUUCGACAUAUCGUCUUCGCCGACGGCGAGAGUUUCCCCGCGGACUCCCUGGGCGACAAUGUUGUGCACCUGCAGUACAUGCCGAUCACGUUAUGGUUGCAAGCGGGCGGCGCUGAGUGGACGCUUCCAGCGUCAGACUUGCCCGCAGACUUGCCAACGUGCACUGACAGACAGGGGCUCUUCCAGAUGCGGCCCACCUACGGAUACCUCCGCGCCGCGUGGGAAGAGGAGAACUUUUCUGUCCGCCGGACAACGUACCGGUUACUUCCAGCGGAUACCAUUAUAGUGUACGGUGGCACGUACCCAGCAGUGGUGGCCGACAUGAAAAAGCCACCGUCGAUGGACGCCGACACGCACUGGCUCGCUUGCUACGUCAUGCUGUCGCGGCCCGUCUCCGUGGAAGGCUUACUCAUCUUGCGCCCAGCCACGAGGCGGGAAUUGUCCCGACCGCCUCCGAAAUCCAUCCUCGACGAAAUUACCCGCCUUGCUGACAUGGAGACGGCGUCGCUGGACGAAUUGAUUCAGAUCCUGCAAGAUCUGAAGGGAGAACCGUUCCCGCCUGAGAUCUUGGAUUCAGUUCUUGCUCGGGACGGCGCCGCCCGGCAGUCCGCCGAGGUAGCCGAAUAUCGGAGAGCCGGGCCAGCGCUCCGCACAGUUUCUCGGCGCACGCGCGGCAAAACGACGCCACCUGCGCCCCUGUCGAGAGUUGGAGACACGGCGGGCGUGGGCGAGGAUGCUGCAGUGCAGGCGACGCCACCGUCCUCGGCGCCCCCGCUGAAGAAGCCGCGGCUGCCAAACAUGGAGACGGCGCGCGCGUCGACGCCGCCCACGGUGAACGCCUCCGAGUCGGAAAGAGCAAUCUGUGCGGCCGUUGGCCGCCAGUGCGCCGCCGGCGCGGGCGCGGCCCCCGCGGGGGGCACGGGCCCGCAGCCGCCCCAAGCGGCACAGCGCACCGCUGCAGCGCAGCGGAGGACGGCCCCGCUGGGAGAGCAGAGCGCCACAGCGUGCAAGCCAGACGCACACGCGGCAAGCAGCCCAAACAGUGCCGCUAACGCGAGGGAAGGUGCCGCAGAUAACGACGACAACGGGAAGCGCAAGGCUGCCAGGCAUUCAUCCCCCCCGCGAGCGCCCUGCUCCGAGUGCGGAGAGGCUGGAUGCACGCCACAUUCCCCCACGUGCGCCUUCUUCUUGAUCGCGCCACAGUGCGAGGCUACCUCCACUUUGCCGUGGGCUCGCGGGACCCCGUGUCCGGUAUCGACGAACUUGCGCAACUACUGCGCGAAGUUCACGCGGCACGUAGCCACGGGGCCCUUCGAAGUGGAAAGUGUGGAAUACGGAGCUGGCGGAGAUUGCCUCUACCACAGUGCCGCGGGCGUCCUCGCUCGCAUGGUGCUCCACGGAGGUGGGCCGGCACGACACAUUUUAAAGAGCAUCCCAUCCGCAGUGUUCUUCCAGGGCUCCAACGCCACAAUGCAGCACUUGCGGGCCAUCUCCGCCUCGAUAUACAGCCAGUGGGCCCCCGAGCAGGUGCUCGACUUCGUGGUCGCUGCAGCCAUGCAACAGCGCAGCAACGCCCAUCUCGACGAGUGGGACCCUGCAGCGUUGCUGUCCGACUUCUGCUUCGAAUGCCUUUUGCACGCUGAAAGCGUCCUGGCGUUUGAAGAGCAAGAUGAUGGCGACGCGCUCGUUCGCAUCGCGUACACCCAGGCGCACUCUGGAGCAGGCGCCAGAGAAGAGCGCAUUACGAGAAUACCUGGCGGAGUCGCCAACCUAGCCCAGACGUUGAGAACACUGCCAGAGGGCCCCGGCCCGCGCCCAGACGUGGCCCACCCGGGCCGCAGGGACAGGACGCGGAGGGACGAUCCGUUGCACCCCUUCGAGCUCAAGGUGCAAGCACACGAUGCGUCCGCCUCGCUGGGCCUACAGGGGAAGACCUUUGACCCUGCAGGCAGCCAAGCGGACGAGCGCCACGCGGGAAAGCAGAGAAAAGGCGGUGGCGCAGAUGCUCCUCUGAUCAAGCUGCUCCACGCACACCGGAAGACUAUGUUCGAGACGGAGGCAUGCGGAGGGAGGGUUGACACUCCCCUGCUCAGUACCAAGACGCCCGUGGUGGCGCCGAACCGGCCGGACCUGAACAACUGCCCCACAUUGAAGGCGAACCACGCCCGCGAGAUUUGCCAGGCAAAGUCGCAGAACAACAUGGCGGACCACGACUGCAUGGUCGACGUGUGCUUCGGGGGCGACCACUUCGCAGAGCUGACGGACUACAACUGCGCGCUGGCGACGGCGCUGGGCGCCGCGCUCCUCCUGUUCUGCACGCUGACCGUCUUCGUGAAGAUCGGCGCCGUGGUCCUGGUCGUCACGAGCCUCUCCAUCUUCGCAGCCCUGGUGGCAGUCCCGGCCGCCUUGCUCACCUUCGGGCCCGCCAGGCCGACCGACGUGUGCCUCGUGGCCGGGGGCCUCCCGCGGCUGCUGCGCGGCCCCCGCCGCGGCGGCUCCUGCGCGAAGGGCGAGCAGGUGCUGUGCGGGGUCGCGGUCGAGACCCCCGGCGGCCAGCUGACCGAGCCGCCGCCCGAGUCGGAGGACGGGAUGGCGUACUCGGACGGCAAGACCCGCGAGGCGCAGGCGCCGGAGCGGCAGCAGGUGGCGGGCCUCGACGCCGAGGACUGGGACCCGGGUCCGGACAGCCAGGCCGUGGCCGCCUGCCCCGUGGACGACCCGCUCGAGUGGGACCCGAGCGGCUGGGAGGUCUCGCACGAGCCCAGCCUGCCGCGGCGGCCCGGCCUGCCGCGCAUCUGACGCCUCGAGGGCCCCCCGCUGCUGGAGGGUUUCUCCGAAGGCCGUUCACCCGCUGCGCCCCUCGGAGGCGCGCCUCGGCGGGGCGUUCGCCCCCGGACUCAUUAGCGAGCGCUGAACUCGGCUCAGUAGUCGAGCUGUACUCGAACAACCAGUUUCGCGUUGCAGCUCCUCUGCUGCUAGGACGUAAGUUUCGACUAAAUGUCGGGAUCUGGAGCACCCAGAAGGCUGAUGCUGAAUCCAAUGGCCGCCGGGUCGCUGGGGCGCGCGUGUGCUCGGCAGAAGACCGAGCUCGGAGGCGCCCCGUGGCGAGUCGGCAGACGACCUGGCGCGUCGGCGCUAUGCGGGCUUGUCGGCAGAUGACCGGCGCAUCGGCCAGCGACCGUUCUCGGGGUCGGCAAAGAGGGGGUUGAUUAUGGAUCAAUUCUGUAGCCGGUCUGCCCGAAUCCUGCUGUUCGUUCAAUUGGCGCCUCGGCGCUCAGCCGGCGCUCACCAGUCAGAGCCGCCGCCGGCGGGCAACCGCAAGGUCAGAGGGGGCCCCAGGAGCAGCAA